GGAAACAAUAUUUAGCCAGUUAGGCAGUUACUCUAAUUCUAAAACUGAUGUUGGUUUUGAGGCUUAUUUGACUAUCAUGAUUUCCCGCCAAAUUCAAAGCCUCAUCCAACGGUCAAAAACUACUACCCAUCUUCUCCAACUCCAAUCUCUAGUCUUCAAGACCGCUCUCGAUCACGACACUGAGAUUGUCUCUCGGUUCGUCCUCUCCGCGUGCUCGAUUUCGGUCGAUUUUGCAAGAUUAGUUUUUGAUAGCGUGCCGAUUACUCCACCCCUUUUUGCUUGGAAUACAAUCAUUAGAACGUUCACCAAAAGCUCAGCUUCAAUUGAAUCAGUGAGGCUGUUCUCUCAGCUCCAAAGGGUUGAGCUUAAACCUGACAAUUUCACGUACCCUUUUGUUUUGAAAGCCUGCGGUCAGUGUUUGAUGUAUGGAGAAGGUGGGGCAGUGCAUUCGAUGAUCAUUAAGGAGGGUUUUGAUUCGGAUCGGUAUAUAGGGAAUACCCUUUUGAGGAUGUAUGCGGCUUGCGGUGCAAUCAGGCUUGCAAGACGCGUGUUCGACGAAAUGCCUGUGAGGGAUAUGGUUUCUUGGAGCUCCAUGAUUGCGGGAUAUGUUGCUUGCAACCACCAGUCAGAUGCUUUUAAGGCAUUCAGACACAUGAAACUGGCAAAUGAAAAACCAAACUCUGUUACUUUGGUCAGCUUGCUUUCUGCUUGUACUCGUCUGCUUGAUAUCAGAGCAGGGGAGUCCAUUCAUUCCUACAUUAUCAUAAACCAUAUGGGAUUGGAUGUUGCUUUAGGGACUGCUCUCCUUGAAAUGUAUUCUAAGUGUGGGCAUAUUAAGAAAGCUUUCCAAGUUUUCAAUUCAAUGGUUGAGAAGAGUUUGCAGUCUUGGACUAUCAUGAUAUCUGGUCUUGCAGAUCAUGGCCGUGGGGAAGAUGCUAUCUCAUUGUUUACCAAGAUGGAACAAACUGGGUUGAAACCAGACAGCAUGGCAUUUGCUGGGAUCUUGUCAGCUUGUAGCCACUUGGGUCUUGUUGAUGAGGGUGAAAAGUAUUUUUAUCAGAUGGUAAGAGUUUAUGAUAUCAAGCCAACGAUGGAGCAUUAUGGAUGCAUGGUGGAUUUGUUUGGAAGAGCUGGAUUGAUUGACAAAGCUUAUGAGAUUAUCAAGAACAUGCCAAUGGAGCCUAACUCUGUCAUAAUCAGGUGCUUCCUGGGUGCAUGUAGAACCCAUGGCCAGAGCUUUUGUUUUGAUGAUAAACUGAGGAAACUCUUGCUUAAAUUAGAGCCGGAACUUGGAGCAAACUAUGUGCUUGCAGCUAAUGUAUCUUCUUUAUCUGGUUGCUGGAAUGAUGCAGCUGACCUGAGAGUAGCCAUGAAACAGAAGCGAUUGAUGAAGGUUCCUGGGUGCAGUUGGGUAGAAGUAAAUGAUGGUUCUGCAGAAGUAAUUACGGAAGUGGCUGUAUAUUGACUUUUGAUCUCGGGCCAAUUAAGAGUCAUAUUCCUAUGCAACCUUUUAGAUUCUGCUGAGAAAGCAAGGGUGAAGAAGACAAAUUUGUAAGUUAAAGGGGCAAAGUAUUAAUUGUAAGCACAGAUGAAAUCAUUGGUCAAAUGUGUAUUUAAAUUUCUAAAUAAGAUCCGUGCACGAGUGGGAGAUGGAGACGGUUACUUCUUUCUUCAAUCUCUCUGGUUGAGUCGAUGUGACGAUGAUAGGAGCUGUUGGUUCCCUUCCAAAAGGCGGACAUUCACGGUCAGAUCUUUUUAUCAUGUGAUUAGCCCCCCGCUAGCCUUUCUUUCGCUUGGAAGAGCAUUUGAAGGAAUAAGGCAUAUUUGAGAGUAGCUUUCUUUGUUUGGACAGCAGUGUUAGGGAGGACCUUGACCUUGGAUAAUCUAAGAAAGAGGCCAUCAUAGUGAUAGACUGGUGUUGCAUGUGCAAGAAGAGCGAGAAAUCCAUUGAUCAUCUUCUGCUCCAUUACGAAGUAGCUAGAGAUUUGUGGGUGUCUGUUUUCCGUCUUUUUGAGAUAGAGUGGGUAAUGUCCAAUCGGGCGGUGAAGUUAUUGGCUAGUUGGAGCGAAUGUAAUUCUUGUAAUUUUGAAAAUUGUGAGAGAAUGGUGGUAGGGUUAAAAGAUAUAUUGUUCAAAACUCUUUAGGGGUGGAUGGUUGCUAUCAAUAGUUCUUGUUUUUAUAAUUUUCUAGAAUUUCUGAAUUUGUAUUCUUCUUCUUAAGUGGUGUCUCUCUUGUAUACUUCUUGCGUACUUGCGUUACGCCCCUUUGCGCUUUCUAAUAGGAUUGGUUUACAUUAAAAAAAAAUCUCAAUAGUCAUCAACCCAGCAAGUAGUAACCAGGAAUUGGUACUAAUUUGUACAGUACAGCAGAACUUCCA